GUGAUAUCAAGUCAAUCCCAAAGCAACGAAGCGAUCAGGUGUCACUCAUCAAUAUGAGCGAGGAAAAGGAAGUAUACUUCCCAGCCGCACCCUUUGCAUUCGAUGUGAAAUACGAAACAGUUGCUGGCUUUUACGAGGGCACACUUAGACAUGAUAAAACUUCUAUUUACUUAGACGGCAAGAAGCUUCACCUUAACUCAGACGCGGCAUCGGAAACCGAAAGUCACUAUGAAAUCCCAUAUGAACGUAUCAAUCUAUGCGACGCUGGGAGUCUAUCUGCUACAAGCACAAACAAGAUUGCUUUAGAAUGCACACCCGUCGGGGCUACUAGGCCUGCUGAGCUGGUAAAGAUAUACGUACGGAAACUGAGUGACAUUGAACGCAUUGUGUGCGAACUUAAGGGGAAUGGGGUUAAGAUCAAGAAGGGUAUCAUCAACCACUACUUGCACUCUAAGUACACUAUGAAGUAUUACAGCCCCCGAAUGCGGUACUGGAUCAAUGUGAUCUCUAAGACAUACAAGACAGUUAUUCUUUUCGGUAUGAUUUUCUUCUUGACAGAUGUAGCGUCCUACUUGCCGGACAUAAAGGUCGACUACAUAUACGACAACGCCGUAGAUGCAUACGAGAAUGCUUCAGGGUCAACGCCUGUGUUGGCUGCUAUAGCUGGGGUGGUUGCCUUCCCGUUUUUGUUUGUGAUUGUAAUUCCGGUUUGCCUGGCUUUAGUAUUAGCCAAGCGAUUCUUCUCAGUGUUGGCGGCAAUGGCAGCGCUGGAGCAUUUUGAGGUCAUACUAGGCAUGUUGAAAGAUAUGCACAAGAUACUGAAGAAAGGCAGUGGUAUGUGGGGCAAGGCCACGAAGUCGACAAAAGAGAAGAAGUACAAAUGAGAUUCAUAUACAUAUUCAUAUAUGUACUUUCGUACAUAUCUAUCGUUUAUCGGAAGUGGCAAAAGCUAGUCUGUCAGAAACUCUUCCCCAUGUUCAACUUGCCUCUGUGCGUAAAUAAGGUGUCUCAGGGCACAGGCCAUAUCAAGCAAAGAUAGAUCCAAUAUAAUCCUUCGAAAACAAAACAAUUACCCUCGCAAGACACACACAUUUUCGAUGUUAGUUAGCGUGUCUCCAUGCCAGAUGAAUUAAAGUACAAUCUUCAAGGUG